CAACAAAACAAAACAGUGUGUUGUUUGACAUUUUAACUUGAUUUUGGUUGUGAUAAAGUACAGCUGAGCUCGUUGAUGAUCGUGAAAUUGAUUCGAAUGAUUUGAUUAUGUGCAAUAAGAUUUUUGAAAAAUGGAGACGAAUAUGAGAGUCGUCAUUGGAUUUUUUAUUCUUUGUAUGGUGCACAAUGCUCAAUCAUCGGCCGGUGAUCGAAGCCAGUUCUUCGUGAACUGCAUGAAAGGAUGCUUAUACAGUAACUGCACUGAACGAGAUUACACGAAAUUCAAGCCAAACAUCAAACAAGAUAUAUUCAACGAAGUGUUACUUUGGAGUUGUCGCGAUGAAUGUCAAUAUCAUUGCAUGUGGCGUACAACAAAUGCAUUUAUCAGCCGUGAAUGGAGUGUUCCACAAUUCUAUGGAAAAUGGCCAUUUAAGCGAUUUUUCGGCAUACAGGAACCGGCCUCGGUUUUUUUCUCAUUCUUAAAUUUAGUAGCUCAUUGGCGUAUGUUAGGCAAAUUUCGCCAAGAUGUGAGAAACGAUAGUCCCCUGUAUUACACAUGGAAUGUGUUCAGUGCAAUUUGCAUAAAUGCAUGGAUUUGUUCCAUUAUUUUUCACGCAAGAGAUUUUCCUCUUACCGAACUACUCGAUUAUGGAUUCGCAUACUCGAUGGUGCUAGCCAAUUUUUGUUGCAUGAUUUUACGAAUGGUGCAUUGGUCAAAAAUUUGGGUAAAAAGUCUGAUUAGUUUGGGUUCAAUACUUUUCUUUCUCAAUCAUUUUUCGUACCUUUCGGUUGGACGCUUUGAUUAUCAGUACAAUAUGAAAGCUAAUAUUCUAACGGGUAUAUUAACCGGUAUUGGUUGGGUCAUUUGGUAUUUAUUGCAAAGAAAGAAGAGACCAUAUUCAUGGAAAAUAUUAUUGUUUCAAUUUCUGGUGGCGAUUUCCUUACUAUUAGAAGUUAAUGACUUUCCGCCACUGUUUUGGGUUUUCGAUGCACACGCUUUGUGGCAUUUAUCAACUGUGCUUCCAACGAUUCUUCUGUAUAGUUUUCUAAUUGAUGAUUCACAAACACUUCGACGGGAGCGUGAAGGCUUUAAAGCACUUUAAGCACAUGUUCACGUCAAUUCGAAGUUGAAAAAUCUAGUCAUCAUUUGACGUGGCGGUAUAUUGAUUAGCGUAAGUUUCAUAUCAAACUUGAUAUAAUUCGACUGAAAUGGGAACAAUAAUUUUAAAAGGCCAUUAAAAUUGUGAAUAGAACAAAUACAUUUUUAUUUUAAAUCAAA